ACAUCGUUAUUGAUGGCUCGCCGCAGCUCAGCAAUCUAUUUAAGGCCGGACUGGUGUUGAGCGAGCUCAAUUGGGCUUUAGUAGCUUAAAAGAAACUGUUAAACCUUUAGGUCUCGUACACAUUUAUCAGACACACUCUAUAACCAAAAAAUGAAGGUUUUAUGUGUUGUUUUAUUGUUAGUGGCGUCAGUCAUUGCUCACCAUGAUCAAAAACCAGCAUCUGCUUCUGUACAAAACGUUGCAUCGACAGCAUCCCCUUCACCCGUGCCAUACUCAGGACAAGUACCGUAUUCUGGCCAAGUCCCAUACCCUGGUCCUUACCCAUUCGGAGCUGACUAUAACUCGCCUUUAGCUAAAUCAGGAUUCGGCCCCAAAGCAGCUCCAGCCAUCGGCGCAUACCAACCAUACCAACAAUACAACUAUAACCCAUAUCAGUCGCCAUACUAUCCAUCACCAGCUUACACUGGUUAUCCAACACCAUACGCUGCACAAUCUGCAUACCCCGGGGCGUUCUUCGGAGGAUACUCAGCUGCUGGCGCAUACCCAUAUUCUGCAUACCCAUACAAUAACUACCCUACGAGUGCAUACCAAUCCAGCUCUCCAGCUUUCAGAAGCAGCUUUGCUGACCCUGUUGUCCCCUACCAUCCAUACUCAUCUCAUUCCGCGGCGUCUCCAUACACUCCAUUCCCAAUGUCUCACCAUCACUUGUCUCCAUACAGUUCUCACCCAGCUCAACAGUACCCGUAUUUACAAAAUGUACAAAACUCCGGCGCCACAUCUGUAGCUGAUUCUUCAUCCAAAGUCUCUGAAAGUAAAUGAACAUGAUCUUCAACAAUUGUACACGACUCCUCUCUACAUUAUUUUUAACACUUUUUUAUUGAAAUAAAUGUAUUAUUUAAGUAAAA